CAAAUUCUCUCUGGAAAGGUGGCACUGGAUGAGAAACUCAACAGGGUGCAUAGAAGCAGAGGAGGCUGCCUUAGCCAUUGGUCCACGCAGCCCUAUCUGGAGGUGCCCCCAGGGCUUGAACCUGGGACCUUCUGCAUGCAAGGCAGAUGCUCUGCCACUGCGCUACAAUGGUGCUUCCCCCAACAGGCCUGAGGAGAGAGACACCACCCACGGCACCACCCACUGUCUCUCAGAGAUGUCAGUCACCAAAGCAGACGGAUGUGCGGACCAAUUCCACCGCACUCUUUGUGGCUACGGAGGAUACUGCCCCCGUUACAAGUUCAUGCUGGGCCAGACGUACGGGAAACUGACAUCGCAGCUGCUCACUAGUGCGGAGGCAGCGCACUCCGGCCAGCUGCUGCUGCAGCCAAACUACUCACUGUGCGAGACGCAGGAGGAGCUUCCGGAGCAGAGAGAGAGAAGACGUGGCGGAGGAAAGCUCCCCUUGCCUGGCAGCAGCAGAAUCCCAGGAUACACAGGAUUCAUUCCUCGGGCCCAAAACCACUUUGCCAAGACCUACAGUGAGAUCUGCAAGGAGGCCAGGAGCGAGUUUGCCAGACAGCUGGCGAGGGAGACUGGCAGGAAGGAGGCACGGAAAGCGGCUGGAGGAGAGCCUCUGAAGGACACCACCACGCCAGAGUCUAAGAUCCUCACUUCCAAGUACAAGAUCCCACUGGCAGCCGUGUCUAAAGCUGCUGCCCCAUAUGUGUCUCGCUAUGCCUUCAGGCCCCUGGGGUCGCCCUACUCACUGGAGGACAGCCGCCCCCAGAGGAACUUCAUUCCAGGCUUCACUGGUUUUGUACCUCGUGCCCAGUACCUGAUUGGGGCAAGCUAUCCAGUCAUCACCCACCGAGCUCUGGUAGAGUUUGAUCAAAUGCGUCAGAAGCUGAGGCAAGGACCUUCAGGGAGCUGCACAGAGGCCCAGGGAGAUGGAGAAGCCCUCCCGCCACUGGCCAAGACGUACCCCACAGACACGGGACUCCUGCCCUACUACAAGGGCUACGUGCCAGGUUACAAGUUCCAGUUUGGCCACACCUAUGGCCACCUCACCUACAAUGCUCUGGGACACAGCACUCUGGAGAAGCAGAUGUUGGAUGUGCUGCCAUGACACCACCACCCCCGGGAUCCCUCCAUCAGGCUUUGCUUGUGCCUCCUGUGUGUGUGUUGCAUAAAGAAAAAGAGCCAGCCAAAAUGGAAGAGACCCUCUCUUCCAGAAAACAGAAGGACACUUGGAUUUUUUUUGGGGGGGGGGAGUCAAAGGAUGCCGGGGGAGGGGUAGCCCUGCAUUUCGGGCUGGGGGUAGCCUAGAUGGUCUUUGAUUCCCCUCAUCUCUUUGAAUCUGUGAGUUCUGUUUUCCAUGAAGCCACACAUCCGUCAGAACCGUCAAGGGAGGGGAGACUUGGGGACAUCUGAAGCUCACGAUAAUUCCAGAGUGCACCAAUGUGUUCUCGGAAGCCCAGAAGGUCAGAAUUAGAUGCAUUUUCAUUUAUCAGCACUCCUCUUGCCUGAGAACCAGGAAAGCCACUGCCUGUCACAGGGGACAAUCCUGGGCUAGAGGAGGGUACCAGCCUCCCAGGAAGUUGGCCUUUGGAGGCUCUUGCUCAAGGGAUUCUGGGAAUGGGCACAUGGGAUUUGGGCCCAGAGGCCCACAGUACAUUUAUAUCAUUUAGAUGUUAUCAUCAGAAGCGUUUUUCAUCGAAGGCCAGUGUCUCCUUUUUUAUUCAUUUUGGGCUGUGGAAACUUACAUGUUUCAGCAUCUAGCAAGGGCAAGGGGCCAGAAAUGGAAAGUGGCAAGAUUAAAAAUAAUAAUAAAUCCAUCAGUUCAGGAGAUUAAACACUGGUGGGACAUUUUUCUUAACCAGAAGUAGCAAAAAAUAUCUUUUAAAAAAAAGCUACAAAAUGUUCAGCCACAUCUAGGAUCCAGUUGUUACCGGUCAGGAGUUAGCAGAACUACUUUGAAAUCUGUAGAACAUUAUGCAAACGGUGUCCUUUUUCACCUUCAGAGGGUAAGAGCUUCAGGUUUCUAGGUGAGGAGUAACUAAUCUGCUUCACAGGGGUAGAUGGGUGGGUGUGCACAAAGGUUGGAGGGAAGUUGGAGUGGCUGCCAGGACACCCUGUAACAACCUCCAGAUGAUUGAAAACACACAGAUGGCAAGUGCCAUCUAUUUACCACCCGUGCCAGGCCUUGGAGGAGUUCUGACGAUGAAGAGGAUGGCAUUAGGCACACAUAGCAGACCUGAGAGGUGUUCUAUCCUGUGCCCCUUUCUGCUCCCCCUUCAUGAGGAUUUCCUUUCCUUCAGCUGAAGUGUUCUGUGCUGUCAGGAUUUCAUAAGCAACAGCUCCAUGCGUUGAUGUACCAAGGAAUAAGAACACAGUUCUCUGACCUCCUGAACACAGUUUGGGAUGCUCUGGAUUUGGGCUCUUGCAGGAAAGGCUGUGUCCAGAUCCACAGCCAGCCCUAGCAUGUCAAUGCUGCUCAGGGAGACCUGACUGGCGCACACAUGCGUGUGAGACCUUGAACCCUGAUGGAAACAGACAAACAAAAGAUGCAUAGAGGAGGUCUUGCUAUUUCGCAUCCUUAGACUCUGAAACAUUGGCUUUGAGUUGCAAACACUCAUGGCACUUCAAACAGAUCACUCCCAUUUGCUGAAUGUUUUGUAAGUUGGACAACUCCAAAGCAAAAAUAUUGUAUAGUGAGUGAUUAAACUAGAUUGCAACUGGGCUUUCAUUUUGCUAU